GCAAAACAGUUUAUCAAUGAAACUAAGGAACAAUAUAACAUUACAUAUCCAAUUAACCAAAAGAUUAUGACAGCUAAUCCAAUGAACAAACUAUGGCUUCCUGUAACAACUGAAGAAAUAUCACAAUACAAUAUUACUCUACUAAUUACUGUGCCUAGGCAAUUAAUAGAUACUGCACAUCUAUUAAGAGAAUCUUAUUACUUCAUAAGAAUACCAGACUAA